AUGGGGGAGACCAAGAUCAUCUACAACCUGGACGGCCAGGAGACGCCGUACCUGGUGAAGCUGCCCCUGCCCGCCGAGCGCGUCACCCUGGCCGACUUCAAGGGCAUCCUGCAGCGGCCCACGUACAAGUUCUUCUUCAAGUCCAUGGACGACGACUUCGGGGUGGUGAAGGAAGAGAUCUCUGAUGACAAUGCAAGACUCCCGUGUUUCAAUGGCCGGGUGGUAUCCUGGCUGGUGUCAGCAGAGGGAUCACACCCCGAGCCUGGCUCCUUCGGCCCUGACAAUCCUUCUGAGUUGCCGCCUCCCAUGGAGCGCACAGGUGGCAUUGGGGACUCCCGGCCUCCCUCCUUCCACCCUCACAGUGGUGGGGGGAGCCAGGAGAACUUGGACAAUGACACUGAGACUGAUUCCCUGGUGUCUGCGCAGCAGGAGCGGCCCCGGCGGAGGGAUGGGCCGGAGCACGUGGCCCGGAUGAACGGCACAGCCAGCAGGUUCAGCUGCUCCACAGAACAGAGCAGCGCGUCCCGCCUCAUGAGGAGACACAAGCGGCGCCGGCGGAAACAGAAGGUGGCCCGGAUCGAACGGUCCUCAUCCUUCAGCAGCAUCACGGAUUCCACCAUGUCCCUCAACAUCAUCACCGUCACGCUCAACAUGGAGAAAUACAACUUCCUGGGCAUCUCCAUUGUGGGCCAGAGCAAUGAACGGGGCGAUGGGGGCAUCUACAUUGGCUCCAUCAUGAAGGGUGGAGCUGUGGCUGCCGACGGGCGGAUCGAGCUGGGGGACAUGCUCCUACAGGUAAACGACAUCAAUUUUGAGAACAUGAGUAAUGAUGAUGCUGUCCGAAUGCUUCGAGAAAUCGUGCACAAACCAGGGCCCAUAACCCUGACGGUGGCUAAGUGCUGGGACCCCAGCCCCCGAGGCUGCUUCACCCUGCCCAGGAGUGAGCCGAUCCGACCCAUUGACCCUGCGGCCUGGGUGUCCCAUACGGCAGCGAUGACAGGCACCUUUCCAGCCUAUGGCAUGAGCCCCGCCCUCAGUACCAUCACAUCCACCAGUUCCUCCAUAGCCAGCUCCAUCCCCGACACUGAGCGCCUCGAUGACUUUCACCUGUCCAUCCACAGCGACAUGGCCACCAUAGUUAAAGCUAUGGCUUCCCCCGAGUCUGGACUGGAGGUCCGAGACCGUAUGUGGCUCAAGAUCACCAUCCCCAACGCCUUCAUCGGUUCAGAUGUAGUGGACUGGUUGUACCACAACGUGGAGGGCUUCACGGAGCGGCGUGAGGCCCGGAAAUAUGCCAGCAACCUGCUGAAAGCUGGCUUCAUCCGACACACAGUCAACAAGAUUACUUUCUCAGAGCAGUGCUAUUAUAUCUUCGGUGACCUCUGCGGUAACAUGGCUAACUUGUCCCUACACGACCAGGAUGGCUCCAGUGGGGCCUCGGACCAAGAUACGCUGGCUCCUCUCCCACACCUGGGGGCUGCCCCGUGGCCCAUGGCCUUCCCUUACCAGUACCCACCACCCCCACAUCCCUAUCCCCCACAUCCCUAUAACCCCCACCCCGGCUUCCCUGAGCCAAGGUAUAGCUAUGGCGGUGGGGGCAGUGCAGGUAGCCAACACAGAGAAGGCAGCCGGAGCAGUGGUUCCAACCGCAGCGGCAGCGACCGGCGGAAGGAAAAGGACCCAAAGGCCGGGGACGCCAAGUCAGGGGGCAGCGGAAGCGAGUCAGACCACACAAGCCGAAGCAGCCUGAGACGGGAGCGAGCCCCCAGCGAGCGCUCUGGCCCAGCUGCCAGCGAGCACAGCGUGCGCAGCCACCACUCACUGGCCCACAGCUUGCGCAGCCACCACACACACCCGUCCUACGGGCCCCCAGGGGUGCCCCCACUCAACGGCCCACCCAUGCUGAUGAUGCCCCCUCAUCCCGCCGCCAUGGGCCCCCCGGGAGCUCCCCCAGGCCGAGACCUGGCCUCGGUGCCCCCAGAACUGACGGCCAGCAGACAGUCCUUCUGCAUGGCCAUGGGAAACCCCAGUGAGUUCUUUGUGGAUGUGAUGUGA